AUGUUCAAGCUGGCGACUUACUUUUUUAUAUUUGCUCUUACAACCCGGCAUUUGUUGGUAUCGUCUAGAGAAAAAGAGGUUCACCAACACAUUCCCGAGACAGAGACCAAGCCCGAAAAGACUGAAGACCCUGUACAGUCCAUACUUGCCAAACUCGUGGAGGUGCAGUCCAGGCUAGAAGCCCAGGCGAGCGACAUGAAGACCAGACUGGAUGCCUCACUUUUGGCUCUAGGUACCACAGUGAAAGACCAGAAUACCAUUCUUCAGGAGCUUUUGAUAAAGACCGGGAUCGGGAUCGGGAUCGGGAUCGGGAUGGAAGAAAAAAUGCUGGCCCUUCAUUACAAAACGAAAAAUCAAGCAGCAGCCUUUCAAACAACCAUCCUGAAAAAACUUUCCACAAUCAAUUCAAAAAUUAUCCCCCCGAAGUUUAAGCUAGUUGGGACGAGAUACUUCUACAUUGAGAGUAAUGUUAAGAGAACUUGGAAUGAUGCUGCUGACGCGUGUCGCCAAAUGGGUGGCAAUCUAGCAACAAUUAGAAGCGAGGAAGAAAGCAUUGCCCUAAAUGCAGCAAUCAUAGAUAAUUAUCACUGGAUUGGAGUCUAUCGGAACGAGAGCCAGUAUCUGAACCUGGUCACUGGAAAGAAUACGACAUUUUUAAAAUGGAAGCCGGUAGAGCCAAACUACAAUGGGGACUGUAUUUAUGUAUAUCAAAAAUUGAUGGGAGAUUAUAGUUGCGUUGCUAAAUUGUAUUUCAUCUGCCAGGCGGCCGAUGACAUAUAG